UCAUACCUCUCGUCCUUGCACCUCCCCCCCAGGCAACUUACCAUACAAAUACCCCAACGCCGAAGCAACUACAACAACAACAGCUUCGUUCCUCACUUACCAUCGCUCACCUCACUACAACUACACCAAGAAACUACUACGCACUCCGUCGCUAUGGCUGAUCAAGGCCCAAACACCAUCACCCUCGUCUCGAACGAUGGCGUCCCCAUCGUCGUCAAGCGCCAGGUCGCCGAGCGCUCUAUGCUCAUCGUCAACAUGAUGGAGGAUCUUGGUGAGACCGCCGGCGCCGAAGUGCCUAUCCCCAACGUCAACGAAUCCGUCCUCAGGAAAGUGAUCGAAUGGUGCGAGCACCACAAAGACGACCCCCCCGCCUCCGCCGACGACGACUCCGACUCCCGCAAGAAGACCACCGACAUCGAGGAGUGGGACCAGAAGUUCAUGCAGGUCGACCAGGAGAUGCUGUUUGAGAUCAUCCUGGCCUCCAACUACCUGGACAUCAAGCCGCUCCUCGAUGUGGGGUGCAAGACCGUGGCGAAUAUGAUUAAGGGGAAGAGCCCGGAGGAGAUUAGGAAGACGUUUAAUAUUACGAAUGAUUUUACGCCGGAGGAGGAGGACCAGAUUAGGAGGGAGAAUGAGUGGGCUGAGGAUCGUUAAAGGGUGGUUGUACUUGGAUGCUGAGAGGCGGGGUCUCGGGACAUCUCUCUCGCUCGACCCAGCAAUGAUGAUACGAACCUUACCUACUUCAUUCACCCUCGACAUCAGCGGUCGAACACCACACCUAGCUCUCACCCAACAACUUCUGGUCCGCCUACUCACGCAUUCCUUCAUUUCUUCGCCUUUUUCCUUCUCUCUCGCCGUGCUUUUGCUAAUGAUACGGGAUACACUGGGUUUGGAAAAGAUGGAUUCGCUUUUUUUUGCUUGUGUGAUGCGAUGUUCUUGUCUCUCUUUUCUUUUGGCUUUUGAGGAUGCAUGGAAGAUGGGGGAUUGGGUGGGGUAGAUUUGAAGGCGGGGUAGAGUAGAUUGAGAGAAGCGGUGGGGUGAUGGGGAUAGGAGAAUGGAAUGAAGAUGA